GUCUCGUGAUCUUGCUCUGAUUGGUCAGACUGACUCUCGCCGACGUGCUCGACCUCGCGCAGCCAGUCUGUAAUUCAAAUUUGAGAUUUGAAUUUAGUCUUUUAAUCUAUAAAUCUCAUUCAGAAUCAUCACAUCAGUCAAUUUCGUGUCGCAUAACGUGAAAAAUGUCGAGUUCAGACGUAAUCUGUGAGAGGAUUCACGACGGUCACGGGCCGCGGUGGGAGCGCGGCGGCAUUUGCGUCGCUUGCGUUGUGGAGAUGAUGGACAGAUCGGAUGUAUCGGCGGUGCGCAAGCGCGCGGCGCUCGUGGCCGUGAUGCGCGUGGCCGCGGUUCGGGAGCUGCUGUAUUGCGAAGAGGAACGAAGAAUAAACUUCAUCUCAUCAUUGCUGAGAACGCUGUUCAACGCUGUGGAUUCAUCCCUGCUGGAUCAGACCGUACAGGUUCUGCUUCAGAUGACGCUGGACGUCCCGAAUCAAGGGCUUCUGCUCUUCAUCCUGGACCAGAUCCACUCGCGGUGGACGGAUGUUGGCGGUCUGAAAGCGUCUUUGUCUUCCUUGACGUUUUUGGGGAAACUGCUGGACGCUCAUCCUGCUCUGAGCCAAACACUGACGUCCAGCCGCCCGCGUGUGCUGGAGUGUGUGUGUGCCGCUCUGCUGCUCUCAGAUGAAGAGGUGAAGGCCGCCGUGUGUUACGUGUUGUUGAGGAUCUGGAGCUCCGCCGCUGCCAUCCAGAUGCUUCCAGACACGCUCCGUCAGCGCAUGUGUGUGUUACUGCUGCACACGCUCUCAAACACACACACCACAGCGCUCACCGUCAACUGCCUGGGUGUUGUGAAGCAGAUGUGUCAGUACUCAGAGGUGGUGUGUGUGUUGAUGAAUCUGCAGGACGGCACUGAAGAUCCGCUGCCGUAUCAACCACUGCCGCUCAUCCUGAAGAAGUUGUUGUUGAGCGCUCAGGACUCUCUUCAGGUGGUGUCUGUGCGCUGUGUGUGUGCCGUACUGAUUCACGCUCCUCGACGCUUCACUGCUGCCUUCAUUCAGGCCGAUCUACCCGAGUUUCUGCUGGAGGUGAUGAGCAGCGGCUGCAGUGACGUGUUGCUGUGGUCCGUCUUCAGCUGUUUGCUGCUGCUGUCCGAAGACCCGCUCUUCUUCUCGCAGUGUCACGCCGUCUACGGUAUGGAGCCGUUAGUGCGCUGUCUGAAAGACACUCUGGGAAAGUCCAACACUGAGGUGCAGAAACAAGGACUGGAGCUGCUGUCGGCCAUUUUGGACAGGCAGCCUGCAGCCGUGCGUCUGUUCCCGACCGCCUCUGAGUUCACAGCUGUGUGUGAUGUCAUCAUGGCCAUUCACACAUCUAUUUUUAACUAA